CCAUAGCGCUGUGCAGGGCAAGGAACAACAGAGUGGAACAGACUCAGUCUGGUCUCAUGUCUCCCCCAGUGCCUGGGUCUGCAGAGAGGCAGAAUCCCAGAGGGACUCCCCUAGCCGAGAGUCCUAUUUGGCACUAGACCCAGGGGCCAAAUGAGGGACGUGCAGAAGUCAGUUCCCACUGAGGCAGGCAGCAGGUUUAAACUUACGCGAAUCGCUCUCAGGAGGAGGAGGAGGAGACCCGCCGCGCGAUUGACACGCAUAUUCCUAUAGGCAUCCUCCUUCAGCCCCCACCCCCACGGCCGGAUUCGGGUGGCUCCUCUCGGAGCUGAAAUCCGAGAAGAAAUCCUUAGAUCUCUUUAAAAAAAAUCUAGAAACCAUCGGUAUUUUGCUUUGCUGCUUCCUAUUUGCAAGAUGAAGAAGUUUUUCGACUCCCGGCGAGAGCAGGGCGGCUCUGGCCUUGGCUCCGGCUCCAGUGGAGGAGGGGGCAGCACCUCGGGCCUGGGCAGUGGCUACAUCGGAAGGGUCUUUGGCAUCGGUCGACAGCAGGUCACAGUGGACGAGGUGUUGGCCGAAGGUGGAUUUGCUAUCGUGUUUCUGGUGAGGACAAGCAAUGGGAUGAAAUGUGCCUUGAAACGCAUGUUUGUCAACAAUGAGCAUGAUCUCCAGGUGUGCAAGAGGGAGAUCCAGAUAAUGAGGGACCUAUCAGGGCACAAGAACAUCGUGGGUUACAUUGACUCUAGUAUCAACAGUGUGAGCAGCGGCGAUGUGUGGGAGGUUCUCAUUCUGAUGGACUUCUGUAGAGGAGGCCAGGUGGUAAACCUGAUGAACCAGCGCCUGCAAACAGGCUUUACAGAGAAUGAAGUGCUACAGAUAUUCUGUGAUACCUGUGAAGCUGUUGCCCGCCUGCAUCAGUGCAAAACACCUAUUAUCCAUCGUGACCUAAAGGUUGAAAAUAUCCUCUUGCAUGACCGAGGUCACUAUGUCCUGUGUGAUUUUGGCAGUGCCACCAACAAAUUUCAGAAUCCACAAACUGAGGGAGUUAAUGCAGUAGAAGAUGAGAUUAAGAAAUACACAACGCUGUCCUAUCGAGCACCAGAAAUGGUCAACUUGUACAGUGGCAAAAUCAUCACUACGAAGGCAGACAUUUGGGCCCUUGGAUGUUUGUUGUAUAAAUUAUGCUACUUCACUUUGCCAUUUGGGGAAAGUCAGGUGGCAAUUUGUGAUGGAAGCUUCACAAUUCCUGAUAACUCUCGAUAUUCUCAAGACAUGCACUGCCUUAUUAGGUAUAUGUUGGAACCAGACCCUGACAAAAGACCGGAUAUUUACCAGGUUUCCUACUUCUCAUUCAAACUUCUCAAGAAAGAAUGCCCAAUUCCAAAUGUACAGAAUUCUCCUAUUCCUGCAAAACUUCCUGAACCAGUGAAAGCCAGUGAGGCAGCUGCAAAAAAGACCCAGCCAAAGGCCAGACUGACAGAUCCCAUUCCCACCACAGAAACUUCAAUUGCACCCCGCCAGAGGCCUAAAGCUGGGCAGACUCAGCCAAAUCCAGGAAUCCUUCCCAUCCAGCCAGCUCUUACACCUCGGAAGAGGGCCACAGUUCAGCCCCCACCUCAGGCUGCAGGACCCAGCAAUCAACCUGGGCUUUUGACCAGUGUUCCCCAACCAAAAGCUCAAGCCCCACCCAGCCAGCCUUUGCCUCAGUCUCAGCCCAAGCAGCCACAGGCUGCGCCCACCCCACAGCAGCCGCCUUCCACCCCAGCCCAGGCUCUGGCAGGUUCCCAGACCCAGGCCACACCCCAGCACCAGCAGCAGCUCUUCCUCAAGCAGCAGCCGCAGUCGCAGCCUCAGCCACAGCCGCAGCAGCCUCAGCAGCAGCCUCAGCAGCCAGCAGGCACAUUUUACCAGCAGCAGCAGGCCCAGGCUCAGCAGUUUCAGGCAGUACAUUCAGGAACCCAGCAACCAGCCAUUGCCCAGUUUCCCGUGGUGUCCCAGGGAGGCUCUCAACAGCUUAUGCAGAACUUCUACCAGCAGCAACAACAGCAGCAACAGCAGCAGCAACAGCAGCAGCAGCAGCAGCAGCAGCAGCAACAGCAACAGCAGCAACUGGCCACAGCUCUGCAUCAGCAACAGCUGAUGACUCAGCAGGCAGCUUUGCAGCAGAAGAGCCUGGCAGCAGCAGGACCACAGCCCCAGGCCCAACCUGCUGCAGCCCCCCAGCCAGCCUCUGCCCAGGAGCCUGCACAGCUUCAAGCCCCAGUAAGACAACAGCCAAAGGUUCAAACAACCCCACCUCCUACCAUCCAGGGGCAGAAACUUGGAUCUCUCACUCCUCCAUCAUCCCCCAAAACCCAACGAGCUGGGCACAGGCGGAUUCUCAGUGAUGUCACGCACAGUGCGGUGUUUGGAGUCCCUGCCAGCAAAUCCACCCAGCUGCUCCAGGCAGCUGCAGCUGAGGCCAGUCUCAAUAAAUCCAAGGAUGGGAACCUACCUAGGUCUGCAACCACCACUCCAUCAGGAUCUCCUCGGACCUCCCAACAAAAUGUCUGUAAUCCUUCAGAAAGUUCUACGUGGAAUCCCUUCGACGAUGACAAUUUCUCCAAACUUACAGCUGAAGAACUGCUUAACAAGGACUUUGCCAAGCUGGGGGAAGGCAAACAUCCUGAAAAGCUUGGUGGCUCAGCAGAGAGUUUGAUCCCAGGUUUCCAGUCAACCCAAGGCGACGCUUUUGCUGCUUCCUCAUUUUCUGCUGGAACUGCUGAGAAAAGGAAGGGUGGACAAACUGUGGAUUCUGGUGUCCCACUUCUAAGCGUUUCUGAUCCUUUCAUUCCUCUUCAGGUACCUGAUGCACCAGAAAAACUAAUUGAGGGACUCAAAUCUCCUGACACGUCUCUUCUGCUCCCUGAACUCUUGCCUAUGGCAGAUCCUUUUGGUAGCACUUCCGAUGCUGUAAUUGAAAAAGCUGAUGUUGCCGUUGAGAGUCUUAUACCAGGACUGGAACCCCCAGUUGCCCAGCGCCUCCCAUCUCAGACGGAGUCUGUGACCUCAAACCGCACAGAUUCUCUCACUGGGGAAGAUUCCCUGCUUGACUGCUCUCUGCUUUCUAACCCUACUGCUGACCUUCUGGAAGAGUUUGCCCCCAUAGCAAUCUCUGCUCCAGCCCAUAAAGCUGCAGAAGAUAGUAAUCUCAUCUCAGGUUUUGAUGUCCCUGAGGGCUCGGAAAAGGUGGCAGAAGAUGAGUUUGACCCUAUUCCUGUAUUGAUAACCAAAAACCCACAAGGUCUCCAGAGAGAGCCCAAUCCCUGUCCUGUAAUUACCGUAGAGCACUUUAAAGAAUCGGCGGGCAUUGAAGGCCUUCCCCUGUAUUCAGACUCUUGCAGAGUACCUGGCACAAAGACUCAGAACAACUUAGAAUCUGACUACUUGGCCAGAGAUGGCCCUUCAAGCAACAGCUCUUUCCACAGCAGUGAAGAGGAAGGGACUGACCUAGAGGGAGACAUGCUAGACUGCAGUGGGUCUCGACCUCUCCUUAUGGAGUCAGAAGAGGAGGAUGACAGCUGCAAGCCUUCCCAGGGGAAGCCGGGAGGAACCGUUGCCUUUGCUCCACCUGAAGUCUCUACUGGGCAAGCAAAAGCAGUGCAAAGUGGAAGAAAGAACCAGUUCCAAAUCCUCACGCAGCCAGCCACCGACGGUCUUGGUGAGCCAGACGUCUUCGCCACAGCCCCCUUCAGGAGCUCAAGAGUUCCAGCUGAUGACAUGGACAUUUUCUCCAAAGCGCCAUUUGUCUCCAAGGGCAAUGUAGCUCCUUCCCAGCCAGAGGAAGUGGACGUGUUCUUGAGAGCUCCUUUUACCAAGAAGAAAAGUGUAGAGGAGUUAACAGUUAUCCAGAGCUCCUCCCAGGAACCACCUGCACAGACUAGUCUCCUCAGUCAGACAGGUGAUGUCCCUCUGCUCUCAGGCCUUGAAAGAGCAGUGUACACCUCUGUCCAAACUCAGUAUUCCAUGACUGGUUUUGUGCAACAGUCUAAUCACCCCUCCCAUUCUGUACAAGUCAUAGACCAUCUUGACAGCAUCUCUCCUAGGGGAACCUCAGUGGAAUCUGGGGGUCAGCCCAAUGACAGAAACAAAGAACUUCCACCCCAGAAAGAAGCUGUCUCAGGCCCUGUGGCUGGCAAACCAUUCCGCCCCCAAUCUUUAUCCAAAUAUUCCCGUCACUAUAGCCCAGAAGAUGAGCCAAGCCCAGAAGCCCAGCCAAUUGCUGCGUACAAAAUUGUUUCACAAACUAACAAGCAGUCAAUAGCUGGCUCUGUUUCCAUUACAUCCAUUUCCUCCAGGACUACGGAACUACCAGCUGCUGAUCCUUUUGCUUUAGCACCCUUUCCUUCAAAAGCAGGCAAGCAAAAACCUUAGGAGUAGUACCAGAGUCUUGGCCUCUGCCUUUACCCCAUCCCACCAAUACCACCACACCACUUCCAGCUGAGCCUUUUCAAGAAGAAAUAACAUCAAUUAUUAUCUUUCCAUGCCCUGCAUCAGAGCAGAGUCUCCUCAAGUCAACAAACUCAGUUGCAGUGAUACUUGGUUGAAGACCCUCUAAGUUAUGCUUUAUUUUGUUUAUAUUCAUUUCUGGACUUUCACACACUUCGAUUUCCUUCCUAGAGCCCUUCCACCUCCACCCAGAACUCUGCUUCUCCCUUCACCCCCACAAAACUGUCUUAAUCCAGGAAUAUUUCACCCCGACCCCAGGGGCAUAUUAUUACUAGUUUUAAUUCCUUUAACUCCUAAGUAAUGUCCAUUGAAGAGUCACGGUUAAUCACUCUGGGACUUAAUACUCUUGGAAAAGGAGAGAUUUCUAGAAAGGAGCAAUAUAAAAAUCCUGCAUGUCAAGAGGAAGUAUAAUCUUGCAGCUACUAAUCAUUCCUGUAGAACCAGCAACUCUUGAAGAAUUCUGUGGAUCUGUUUCUGAGUCUGUGUGCAAGCCAGGCUGGCCCUCGUGCGUGUCCGUGGGUGUGUGAUGUGCAUCAGAUCCUCUCCUAUGUAGAAAUGCACACAGAUGGGAAAACCGUGCUCAUUCUAAUCAUGUGAGCAGGGCCUUCCCCACAGCCACACUUUGUAAAUUGGUAUGGAUGCACAGAUGGGCGUGUGUAUGUGUGUAUGUGUGUGUGAGUGUGUGUAUGCGCGCACACAUGCGCAAGCACCGGAAACAUUUUUCCUUUAGGUAAAUCCUGUCCCACCAUGCCUACCUCCACAAUCAGAUCACGCUUACCGGCAUUUUCCUGCUGACCUAACCAACUUGAACCCUGUUUUUAUUUUGUUUUCUUCUCAUGGCAAAAUUGAAUUCAUUGGAAGAUGUAAGAAACUCCUGCUGGAACUGAGGUUCAGAGUGGAUUUUUUUUCCUCCAGAAUUUUCUCUUUGCUUUUAACAAAUUCCCUUUACCUGGUUUUGAAAAAUUAUUUUUUUAAUAUAUGUUUUUGCCUCACAACAAUAGAAGAGUGCCUUGUUACAGUUCCAACUAACUGGGUAGCUUGGACUCAGAUCUGUCAUUAUGGAAUUCAUUAAUCUUGAGACUAGGCUACAAAGUUGGUUUGCUUGUUUUUUGUUUUUUCCUAAAUCCUUAUCUCUGCUGCCUCUUGAGGAAAUAUGAACCUCGGACAUGUAAAUAAAUUUGGGAGAAUGAAAAAGAGCUGAAUCAGCUAGCCAUGAAAACCUAUAAAUUCUCUAUCCUCUUUAGAUGUUAAAGUAGGGCAGACAGGUGACUAGCUUGUGUUUUUGAAAGUAUCUUUUACUUCUGGAAAGAUCUGACUCAUUCCUAGCUUUUUUCAUACCAUUUAUUUUUAGUGCCUUAAAACCUGACUCUCAAUGGGAAGAUAUUCUGCUGUGGAAGUUCAAUUUAAUGGAAAGAGUCUCUGCAUCAGAUCUCAGCCUGAGAGCUUCCUGCAACUUCUAGUAAAUGUUAGUGAUUUCUUCAUUAGCUGGAAAAACUUGGAGAGUUUAGUGAUUUACAAUUUAUUGGAAGUUCAUUGAAGAAUCAAGCCUAAAUGCCAAGUUCUACUGCAGUUGAUUAGGUGUGCUAUUCUGUAAAGUUCAGCAGAGUGGAAGUGUAGCUCAGUGGUAGAACAUGUGCUUAGCAUGCCAAAACACUGAGUUUGAUCCACAUCAUGAAAAAAUUAAAAUUUAGGAUCUUGACAGUAGAAUAAGAACAACUACUUUAAAACACGUAGUCUCCUCCAUCUAUUUCAAAUGUCAAGGUUAAAAGAGAAAUAAUUGGCACUGUGUCAGGGCUACCAGCAGUGAAUUUUCAACUGAGGUCUUAACUGUGGCCAGAAACCUGUCUUUCACUUUAACAGAUGAUAAGUGUUCAGUCUUAAGAAUUUGCUUCUCCCAAUUAUUAUUUCUGAUUUUUUUCCUGUGUAAUAAUGUAUACAAAAUUGUCUUUCCAUUGAAUGGCUUUGGCUAAUGUAUAUGGAACUUUGCACCACAGACUUUUCCUAUGGUAGUUAUCAAGUGAAGCCCUCAAAGACAUGAGCACAGAGGAUAGGAAUAUUCAGAGAAAGUUCUUGCCUGAAAUGACAAAUUUGCCUGGCAUGGUGGUGUGUGCCUCGAGUCCCAGCUACUAGGGAGGUUGAGGAAAGAGGACUGUUUGAGCCCAGGAGUUCAAAGCCAACCUGGGCAACACAUAGAGAUGUAUCUGUAUUAAAAAAGAAAGAAUGGAAAAGAAGAGGGAAAAAAAAAAAACACUCUUUAAAGUUCUUCCAAAUAUUCAGGAUUACCUCAGCCCUGCAAAUGUUUUUCCUUUAUUUGAUCACUUUCUCCUAAUCAAGUGAGCAUUUUAAUUCUCAAGGUACAAAUCAGAAUAAAAUCAUGGUGAUUUUAUUAUGUAAUUGAAUCAUUUGUGAAGGAUGAAUUUGCAACCCUUUUUUCAUGUUUGCCAGAGACUCACGUGGGUGAAAGCGACAUAUACCAUCUUUGAAUAGGAAAGUGAACAUAACCACAUGCAAAUUAUUUUUUUCUUACUCAUUGAUGCAUGAAGAAAUUUUGACUUGUGGAUUACAUUAAUUACAAGCUAAUAAUGGAUGAAUUCCAAAUACUGUGGUAGGGUUUUAUUCACUUUUCACCAGUUACUUUUGGAUGAUGUAGAAUAAAUGCAUCAAAAAUUAAGUGGCCUUGCCAGAGGCCAUCCUAUAUCUGGACAUCUGGAAAAUAUCUUUUAAGGGAAAUCAGGAGUGUUCAGUGUGUUAUGAAUUAGUAGCAAAUGCAUGUUUCCAAUAACUAGACUGCAUCAAUUUAAUAUUAGAGAGGAAAAAGAAAAUAUAUAGUCAACAAGUACUGCACUUUCUUGUUUUAGUUGUGUUGUUUGUUGUUUGCUUUACACAUUUAAUAUAGGAAUUGUUGACCUUUCAUUUCAGUGAAAAGCAGUGAACCAGGACAUUUUUAGACAAUGCAUAAGACCACAACACACACUGAUGAACUCUUAAAGAAUACCUGUUAAUUGAUUAUCAGGCACCAUUGAAUUACUGAAGUUAUACUUCACCAGUUUCUUGGGCUUGCAUAUAGCCCACUAGCUCCAAAUCUCAUGGUUAGAUUGGAAAAUGAAAUGAACAGAAUUUGGUGCUGAAGCAGAUGCUCAGCAGGACCUAAAGAAAUGUAGGUCAUAAACCCUAUUUUGGUUUGGGCUCACUUAUUAUUGAGUUGAAAAUCUCAUGUGUAGGUUAGUAUGUAUGUGUUUACUAGUCUGUGUUGUAUCUGAGUUUCUUCUGGCAACCAAGAUCUCUUAACUUUCAAGAAGGAUACUAAUGCUUUUCUGGCCAGUUAUUUAGUACAUUUUAGAACAUAUGCACAUCCGUGUUUCCAACUGCUUGGUGGACAUUUUGCUGAUGCAUAAAGAAAGCACAUUUAAAUAAGUAUAAUCACCAGAGGAAUGUGAUAAUAGGAAUUUUUUUUGCAUAAAGAAAAACAAAACAUCAAAUUAUAUAUAUGCAUUAUAUCAAAUAGGAAAUUUUAUUAUAGGAAAUUAGAGAAGGAUGAGACCCAAUGUUCUCCUAAAUAGGAAACAAACAACUUAAAAUGGAGUAAUUUGGGUCUCUGCUAUGGAGAGAAAUUGGAGAACACAUCCUGGUCAACUCUGAAGUGGUUGCCGGUCUCACAGCUGUUUUAUCUGAAAAAUCUGGAAGCCAAGUUAUUUUGAUGAGAAAGUUAGAGAGUCACAGAGGACUGCAGGAGGCAGGAGCCCCUUAUUAAUAUCCACAACCACCUUGAGUUCUGGUCUUCAGUCCUUGCCUGAAAGAGUGAACAUUGAAGAUUUUAAAUGUCAUUGUAUUAUUUGAAUCCUUAGUUUUUCCAUUAUCCCUGUUAACUAAUACGUGUUGUUUUUUAAAACAUCAGAACACUUAAAAACUUGUUAAUGAAAACUUCACUAACAGAAAAAUUUCAGAAUACUUAAAAAUAAAAAAGUAUUUGGUUGGAAAUUGUUUUUGUUCUGUCCCUGGAAGUCUUCCUGGCUCCACCUGACUUGUUCUUGCUCCCACUUAAUCUCCUCAGUUAACAGUCCCCUGAUUUGACCAUAUGAAUAUAUUAGUGGAAGAUGGGAGGUGUGGUUGAAUGACCAUGUUAACUUUUUGUUGCGUCCCUCCUUACUACUAUAAACGGUUUCUUAAAUUUCAGCCCAACCUGUGAGAUUGUCAGCAAAAACAAUGAAAUGACUGACCUUCUCCAUUUCUCUUAGACUAGAAAGAAUCCCAGCCUUACUCUGUAGAGACACGACCCUGAUCUCCACCUGGAUCUUUUGUGGCCCAGAAUGCUUCAGAAUGCAGGGGCAAGUUUAUGUGUGAAAGGACUCCAGAACAGCUGGCAGAAGUGGUUAAACGUUAGCUAUAUGUGACUUAGUUUAGUAGUCCCAUAACCCAGCAAUCUCUGUGUGUGACAUAGUUUUGAGUUCAUAGUAAGGAUGUUCUUAAAAUCACAUCAGGGUUACCUGCCUUGCAUCAUACUAGAACCAUAGAUACAUGUUUAAAAAUCUGAAGCCAGACCUGGUGGCACACAUUUACAAUACCAUCUAUUCAGGAGACUGAGGCAGGAAGAUCACAAGUUCUAGGGCAGCCUGUGUAACUUUGUUAAACCCUGUCUCAAAAACUAAAAAGGGCUGGGGAUGUAGCUUAUUGUUGGAACACUUGCCUAGCAUGCAUGAAGCCUUGGGUUCAGUCUUCAGUACUGGGGGGAAAAAUCUGAUUCCUUUGGCAAGGAAUUGCAGAAAUGGUUUUCACUAACAUCAGUUAAAGUAAGAUGUAGCAAGGGCCUGGGUUCAAUCCCCAGCAUGACCC